AUUUUGGUGCAGUCCUUGAUAAGUAACUCUGGAGUCUGAACCUCCACGAAGGUUGAGUCUCUCUUUACAGUCUUACUCUCUUUAGCAGCUAUGAACAGAGAAGGUGCGAGUUAAGGAAGAAAGCAGUGGAAAACACUAGCCUUCCACACACACAACUACUCUCCUGUUGCUACCAUACGCCGUUCCUCUCCAACUCCAACCUUCCAAACCUUUUUUUUUUUUUUUUUUUUUUUUUUAAGCAAAGCAUGCUAAUCCUACACUCCUGCGCACCAUUUCCUCAACCGCCAACCAUUCUAUGCCCCAACUUUUCCCUCCAAAACAACCGCUUCGCGCCAUUUUUGUUGACCGUUAAGCUUUCGAAUCCGAGCUAUGCUCGAACCAAAACGUUUCUGUGUAAAGCUAAUGCCAGUCGAAGACAGAAAUUAAAUACCCACAACUUGCAAAGAGAAAUUGAAGAAGAAGAUGAUGAAUUUGAAGAUGAAGAUGAAAAUGAAGAUGAAGAUGAAAGUGAAGAUGGAGAUGGAGAUGGAGAUAUAGAUGGAGAUGAAGAUGAAGAUGAGUUUUCAGCUUGGGGUAGAUUUAGAAGGAGAGAAGAAGAGAAUGACUUCGAUCGAGACCCCGAAAUUGCUGAAAUUCUUGGUCAUUCUGUGGACGACCCGGAAAAGUUUCGGUCAAAAAUGAAGGAGAGGUUGAAGAAGAAAAGGAACAAAAUAUUGCAGGCAAAGGCUGGUUCAGCAAAACCAAUGAAAGUGACAUUCAACAAAUUCAAAUACUCAGACUCAUACAUAUGGCUCGAAUUCUACAACAAUCCGUUGGAGAAAGAUAUUACUUUAAUUUGUGAUACCAUUCGAUCAUGGCACAUAAUUGGACGUCUUGGCGGAUGCAAUUCUAUGAAUAUGCAGCUGUCACAAGCUCCUAUGGAUAAUAGACCAAGUUAUGAUGCUAUUCAGGGAGCAAACACAACACCAACCGCGUUUUACAAUAUUGGGGAUCUUGAGAUUCAAGACAACUUGGCACGAAUCUGGGUGGAUAUUGGGACCAGUGAGCCAUUGCUUCUGGAUGUUUUGAUAAAUGCAUUGACACAGAUAAGCUCCGACAUGGUUGGAAUUAAGCAAUUGACAUUUGGUGGAUCUGAAUUUGAGAACUGGAAAGAGAACUUGAAAUCAGAGGAUGCAGGUUACAGCGUACACAAGAUUUAGCAUACUUGCUGUACACCCAGGGAAAUGUUGAUGAAAUGGCUACAUUCUUCACUUGCUUAAUUUCUUUGCCAGUUCUAAAGGGCAAGGACUGGGUGCAAACAGUCUUGAAUGCAAAUAUUAUAGACCAUAGAGUGCUGGUUUUAGGCACAUGUACCUGUGUUGUUGAGUGUAGAAAUGUAUAUUUCAGACUGGUAGAUCAAGAGGAGGCACUAAGGGAAGGCAUUUAAAUU